AGGAUAGACUAAAAGGAAAGUGAUGUCUUCUAUAUACUCUCCUCGACUUAAAUGUGGGGUAUGUGCUGUUUUAAGUAUUCUCCAUUCGCACUGCAAACAAUGUGGGAACUUAUGUGAAAAUUGUUCCGGACUUCACAGCAAAGGGAAUGCCUUCAAAAAUCAUAAUUUGGUGCCCUUAACUUUUUCAGAUGAAAUGGAGACGUCUUCAAUCAAAGUGGAACUGUCAACACCAUUAGAUCACCUUGAUAGUACCCCCACCACCACAUGUACAACUACGGCUGAUCUUUUAUCGACUGCAACAAAUGCCCCAACACGUGAUUAUGCUUCAUCGACUUCAUCAAAUGCUCCAACAUCUCAUAAUGUGCCAUCUACUUCAACAAAUGCUCCAACAUCUCAUAAUGUGCCAUCUACUUCAUCAAAUGCACCCAGUACACCAACGAAAAAAGGUGUGAAACGGAAAGCUGCUUCCGUUUUAAUGAUGGGAAUGGAGAAAGCUGCUUGUCCUAAACAUAAAACUAACACAGUGGAUUUAUGCUGUCAGGAUUGCAAUCAAGCAAUAUGUUCGCAGUGUCUGACAGCUGCCCAUACUGGACAUAGAAUUGGAGAUAUAACCGAUUUUUUCGGGAAGAAAAGAGCUAUGAUAGAAAGUGAUUUAGAUCUCAUCCAGAGUCAUAUCCAACAAAGGGAGGAAGCAAAGCAACAAAUGGUCGAAGAUCUAGAAAAGAUGGAACAAGCUUCAGAAAGCGUGGUGAAGGAAGUUAAAGAUUUCGCUGACAAGGUGCGAUCAACCAUUCUAAAGAAAGCAGAAGACUUGAAAGCAAGUACUAAAGAAACAAAAAAGAAUAUUGUUUCAAGAAAUGGCGAGUUUGCCAAAGAAAUCAAAAAACUAGAAACCUUGCGUAAAAAAUGUCAGGAUGAGCUGGAUGCUAAAGAUUUAGCAGUGGUCCUGUUCAGAAAAGAAUCGCCGUUCUCGCUUGAUACCUACGAAAAUCUUCCAAGUUCGUUCAAAAUUACACCUGCAGCUUUUUUUCCAGCGGAAUUGGACCAAGACAUGAAAACUUUUGGAACCAUUGUAUCUACAACUAUUCAAGAGGAACCUAUUACGUUUAGGCCACCAUCUACCCCAGUAAAAAUGCCAGGGAAAAAGAAGAAACAGACAGCUCAAAGCAGUACGCCAUUGCCUGUCCCGACUGCCACUUCUGCCUCUGCUCAAAAUCAUAAAAUAUUGAGAGACGCAGUGAGUAAAAUUGGUAUAGAGCUUGGAAUGAACAUUGUUCAACAAUGAAGAAGACAAAUGGAAAUUUUUUUUUCCAAAUUGAAGGAGUCUGGUGGAAAAAGAAAAAUCCUUUAUCCCAGUUCUCUCUAAUCAAAAGCUUGGUAAGCAGAUUGUUCAAAAAUGAUGAAAACAAAUGGUACUGAAUAAUUGGAGCAGCUUGGUGGGAUCAGAAAAAUCCUAUUCUCCCUCACCGUAUUGAUAAUCAUACAGUGUUCACUUACCCGCAGUAAAAAAAAUUAUCUAACUAUUUAACUACAUGUAUAUUAAUUUGUGUUUGACUCUGUUGACUUACAUACUGAACUUUAUAAUAGAAUUAGGACAAAUAGUAUCAAUAUUUAUGUGACUUUAUAUUCACCCGCUGAUGAUUAAUAAAGCAAGUUUGUACACUGUAUUUCAUAUUAUACUUACAUGUAAAAAAUAUUUUCAUGUAAUAAAUCUAUAGCUUCAAAUAAAGUUUCAUUAUACUUGAUUAUUUGUAAAGGGUUUUUACAGAGAAAAAAAUUGAAUUUACUCCAUGGCAUAAAAUUAUUAAACUUGCAAUCGCAGUGUCAGCUAUUGAUACUUUCUGCUCUAGUGAUAAUGAUUUAUUUUCCAAAUUCUGUUCAAUCUGUUGUUAAUGAAAACAAAAUAUUUGGGAAUUACAUGUAUAAUAUAUCAUAAAUCCACUUUAGACUACUUAUUUAAAGAAUUGUUUUUAAAUAUUGUACCUGAAGGAAAGUAUGUAGACUGAUUGAUAAAAAAAGAUCUAUAACUGCAGCCUUGAAAAAAAAAUUAAAAUGCAAGAUUAACUUCAAAAACUGUAUGAUUGUCUUUGUACAAUCAGUGAAUUUAAUAAGUAAUAUGAAUUAAAAUUUUAUUGAAGCAGUUUACUUUUCAUGGCUUAUCAUUUUAUUUUGAAUUUCUGGACUUUGUAGUUAUAUUUAUGAUGUAAAGCAAACAAUUAAAA